CAUGUGAGGGUUUAACCAUUUCCCUCUAACUUGUGCUGCGAUUCUCUUUCCUACCGUUCCACCGAAAAAUGGCAAUCAUCAGAUACAAGAAUCUAACAACUUCCGUCAAAACCCUUUCCCAAAUUGUUCAAUCCCCCAUUCAACUCCGUUUCAUCAGAACUCUACAUUCCUUCGUUUCCCGCGAACCAAUUCCUCCUAAUUUUCAUAAUAAUAAUAAUAAUAAUAUUAACUCCUAUUAUGGAAGCUUCAGAUACAUGUCCUCUUCCCCAACCCACAUCGUUGACGAAGAACCUAAUGUUGAUAAUCGCGUUCCAGCUACAAUUAUAACCGGUUUUCUUGGCUCUGGAAAGACUACUCUUUUGAAUCAUAUUCUCACAUCGCAACAUGGCAAACGGAUAGCGGUAAUUGAAAAUGAGUUUGGUGAGGUUGAUAUUGAUGGAUCACUGGUUGCUAGUCAUUCUUCUGUGAGUGAAGACAUUAUCAUGGUUAAUAAUGGCUGCCUAUGCUGCACUGUGCGAGGUGAUCUAGUUAAAAUGCUGUUGGAAUUGGUCAGGAAAAAAAGAGACAAUUUUGAUCACAUUGUUAUCGAAACCACAGGUCUUGCAAAACCAGCCCCUGUUAUUGAAACUUUUUACAGCGACGAACUAGUUUCUGAGUAUGUUAAACUGGAUGGAGUUGUGACUUUAGUUGACUGCAAGCACGCCAUGCAACAUUUGAAUGAGGUGAAACCAAGAUUUGUGGUCAAUGAGGCAGUAGAACAAGUUGCAUAUGCCGACCGAAUUAUUAUGAACAAGAUAGAUUUGGUUUCUGAAUCUGAGUUAAAUAUAUUGACCAAAAAAAUAAAGAACAUCAAUGGAAUGGCACAAAUUAAGCAAGCUAAAUUUGGAUCUGUUGACAUGGACUUUGUUCUGGGUGUGGGAGGAUAUGAUCUUCAGAGAAUUGAAUCUGAGGUAGAUGGAGAAUGUCUCUCUCCAGCAAGCCACUCAGAUGAUUCUGGACAUGGACACAAAGGGCAUCAUCACCAUCAUCAUGAUCACGUGCAUGAUUCUGCUGUCUCUAGUGUCAGCAUUGUUGCGGAAGGAACUCUUGAUCGUGAUGAGGUCGAAGAUUGGCUUGAGAGAUUGAUUGAAGAAAAGGGAGAAGACCUAUACAGAAUGAAAGGUGUCUUGUCAGUUGAUGGUUCUGAACAACGAUAUGUGUUUCAGGGGGUGCAUUCCAUGUUGGAUGACUGUCCAGGAAAAACAUGGGAACCCAAUGAGAAGAGGAUAAACAAGCUUGUGUUCAUUGGAAGGAAUUUGGAUGAAACUUCCCUCAGAAAAGGCUUCAAAGGCUGUUUAAUCUAGUUUUUAAAAUGUGCAUUACUAAAAUGUAGCACAAUCAGAAAAUGUGGUUCUUACUAGAUUGAAUUGAAGGACUCACUUGUUAUGUAUUAUGAAUAUUAUCAACACAUGCUUUUUCAUGCGUGACAAAAGUAAGUGAAAUCAAUAUGUUAAUGUUGAUCAAAAGUGUUGUUAUAGUGUGUUAAACAUAUAAAGCUAGCAGUCAAUGAAUGUUUGAUGGUAUAA